CUGUUGCAGCUGUGCCAAAGAUAAAGAAGAAGAAGACAUAGAGGUUAGGAAAUAUUUUCAAUACAACUUAUUUCAAGUUGUCUCAUACCACUUACAUUUCGGGGUCUGUGCGGGUGCACAGGCUUCUAGGCGAUAGUGUUUAAUAGUUGCUAAUUUAAAAAGACUAUGUCGUCGGGAAGGAAAUGUAAAAAUUGCGGGAGUUCUAGCAUUGAAGUUGAUCCGGCUAGGGGCGAUGCAGUGUGUACAGACUGUGGUUCGGUUCUGGAAGACAAUAUAAUUGUUGCUGAGGUCCAAUAUGAGGAAGGGGCUAAUGGCACGUCGAAUGCCAUUGGACAGUUUGUAUCUUCCGAUUCAAAAGGGGGCUCUACGAAGUUUGGGGCGUCGUUUCAUGUGGGAGGUGGACUAGAAUCAAGAGAAUUUACUCUUCGCAAAGCUCGUAACGGAAUAACGCAACUGGGCACUCAGCUGAAGCUUAACCAGCACUGCAUCGACACAGCAUGCACUUUUUUUAAAAUGGCUCUUUCUUCAAACUUAACAAGAGGCCGAAAAAACUCACACGUUUAUGCUGCUUGUGUGUAUUUGAGUUGCCGCACCGAAAAAACCGAACAUUUACUAAUUGAUAUUAGUGAUGUGCUUCAACUGUGCUGCUACGAAUUGGGGAGAACCUAUUUGAAGCUUGCUCAAGCUCUGUGUAUAAGCGUGCCAUCAGUGGGUGAGUGUUUCAAUGAUUUUUUAGUAGUUUAGUUUUAGUACAAGCCAUAAAAACGCUUUUCACAUAGCAACAAACCAGGAAAAUAUUACUAAAUCAACUAGUAGGUUUCGGGGUUGUAAAAAACUGAAAACCUUAUUAAUCUUAAGUUUAAUACAUUGCUCUGCUGAAAUAUGUUUUUCAAUGGUAGUUACAUCAUACUUAGUUUAGGAUCGAUGAUAAAUCAGUUCAACAACAAAGACAAAAUAUCGAAAUGUACACAAAACAUAAACUUAUCGCUAAAGUGCAAUCGAAUCCUGACGAAUCGAAACGAAUGAUCUUAUUACUACUUUUGGUUUUUAAGCUUUACCCCUAAAAUACAAUAAAAAAGGUUUCAAAAUAC